CGCGUCUUGAUCAGAAAGGUCGCCGGUCCGUCGAGAUGGCAGCGACGGCAUCCCCACUAGCUAGUGGGUCGAAUGCGAGCUCGUCAAUCCUGACGCAUCGCUACAUGUAUGGUCUGAAGGGCACGGUGAAGAACAACAUAGCGUUUUGCGAAGAGAAUGUCGUUGUGUACCCGAGUGGCCACUGCCUGGUCAUUCACAGCAUCGAGACGAAGGAGCAACAGUUCUUGCACGGCAUGGAAAGUGGUUCUUCGGGUGGGUUUACAGCAAUGGCAGUGUCAGCAAAUCGAAAGUACCUCGCCAUGGCCGAGAAGGGCGAUGUCGGCGUGAUCAACAUCUAUGACCUGACUACAUUUCGACGAAAGAAGCCGCUCGUUUACUCAGACUUGGGGGCAGAGUCCUAUGUGAGUCUCGCGUUUUCCGCGGAUGGCAAGUACUUGGUCGGCCAGGGGGCUGCACCCGAGUGGAACCUCAUGCUGUGGUCGUGGGAGAAAGCCAAAGCCGUGACAGCGUUCAAGAGUGCGGCACAGUACGGCAGCACUAUCGGCCAAGUCGACUUUUGCCCCACCGAUGCCAACUCGUUGUGUGUGAGCGGCAACGGAACGAUAAAAUUCUUCAAGAUCAUGGACGGGCAACUGCGUCAGCAAGUCAAUUCGCUCAAGCGUGAGCCUGGCAACUUUUUAUGCCAUACAUGGCUUCCAGAUGACCGGGUCGUUGCCGCCACCAUCACUGGAGAGCUAUGGUUGUUUGAGAACAUGGAGUUUCGUGCAGUCCUGUCGUCGUCGCCAACCGACGGCCAAUAUUGCUCGUCGCUCUUGGCGUACUCCAAAGGAUUUGUUUGCGGUGGGUCCGGCGGCGUCGUUCGGAUCUACGAAAAGUCGGACGACUCCCGCGAACACUUUAAACGGACAAAGGUCUUUACGAUCGACGGCAACCCCCAAUGCAUCCAGCACCUGGCGAUCUCCCCGAGUGAAGACACGUUGAUCUGCUCGCUCGAAAACAACCAGUUGUACAUGCUCACUCUGAGCUCCACGGACAUUUUGAAGGAAGACGCGAUGAACUUUGAACUGGUCUCGACUGCGUUUCAUCGCCCCGGCCAGCACGGCGCUCAAAUCACCGGCUUGGACACUUGCAUUCGCAAGCCACUGAUCGUCACGUGCGGUGUCGACAAGUCGGUGCGGGUGUGGAACUACAGCGACAAGUCGACCGAUAUCUUGAAGUUCUUCAAGGAAGAAGCCCUCGCCGUGGCGCUGCACCCGAGCGGGCUCCACGUUGUUGUGGCAUUCUCCGACAAGCUGCGCAUGCUCAACAUCCUGAUGGACGACAUUCGACCGUACCGCGAAUUUGGAGUCAAGGCCUGUCGCGAGGUCCGAUUUAGCCACGGCGGCCAGUACUUUGCAGUUGCCAACAACAACACGAUCCAAGUUUAUGGGACGUACUCGGGGGAGCUCAUGGCGGUGCUGCGUGGCCACACAAACCAAGUCAACGCGCUCUUGUGGAAAUCCGACGACCGCAAACUCAUGAGUUGUGGGUCCGACGGGUCGAUUUUCCAGUGGGACUUGCGGUCCGCCGUCAAAGUUGGCGAAGGCCACACGCAUCCGCGGUGCAAUUACCACGACCUGUCCUUGUCGCCUGACUCGACAAUGCUGUUCGCAACGGGGACAGACGGCACCCUCAAGGAAAUCGAUAUCGCCGCGGGGGCACCUCGCGUCGAGCACAAUUCGGGCGUGCUGCUUGGACCGCUGGCUAUCACGACGUCGCAGCAGUACCUGUUCGCCGGGACGGCCGAGCCGCAGAGGCCGGGAUGCAUCCGCGCGUACAAGUUGCCGCUUGAGGCCGAGAGCACGUACAGCGAAUUCCAGUGCCACGACAUGGCGGUGUCGCGCCUUCGGCUAUCGCAUGACAGCCAAUAUCUGUUUUCGGUCGGCGAAGACGGGUCGCUGUGCAUCUUCGAAACAAAGGAGCUGUCGAGCUCCAAGCUCAAAGGGCGCAGCGAGCGCGAGAACGCCAUGGCGUUUGCCGAAGAGAUUCUUGUGACCAAGUCGGACCUGGAAGAAAAGAACCAGACGAUGCAAGAGCUCAAGGUCAAAGUCGACGAGCUCACGCUGCACAACGAGUACCAGUUACGGCUCAAGGACAUGAACUAUAAGGAAAAGAUUCAAGAAGUCAGUGACAAAUUUACCUCCGAGCUGACCCAAGACAAGCAGCGAUGCACGGAUUUGCAAGAGGACAAGCGGGAAAUGGAGGCCGAGUACGACGCCAAGUUGAGCGAGCUGGAGGCCACACACACGAGGGAGCUCGAUGAAAUACGCACGACGUACGAGGCCAAGAUCCAAGCCGAAGUCGAGCGGUACGAUGCCCUCAUCCAAGAGCGCGACGAAGAAAACGCGCGAUGGGACGAGGAGAACCAGCUGCUCGUGGAAAGCCACACGCAGUUUUUGGCUGAAAUGACGUCCGAGUACGAUCGCAAAGUCGACGGCGAGCAGUUGAAACAAACGCGGCUGGGCACCGAGAAGGAAGAGAUCGUGACCGAGUUCGAGGACAGCAAGAACCAGAUUGAGGAGGACGCCGACUUGGAGAUUGAAGAGGUCAAGGCCAAGUAUGACGCAAAGUUCCUGGACGAGCGGGAGGCGACGUUGCGGUUGAAAGGCGAGAACGGUAUCAUGAAAAAGAAGUUUACAGCGCUGCAAAAAGACAUUGAGGACCAAAAGGAGGAAAUACGCAGCUUGCAGGAAAAGGGAAAGGAGCUGUACGAAAACAUCAAGGGCCUGGAGAAGGAUAUCCAGGGACACAAGAAAGAAAUCCGCGAGCGCGAAGAGACGAUUCAGGACAAAGAAAAGCGCAUCUACGACCUCAAGAAGAAGAAUCAAGAGCUGGAAAAGUUCAAAUUUGUCUUGGACUACAAGAUCAAAGAGCUCAAGCGGCAGAUCGAGCCCCGUGAGAACGAAAUCGCCGACAUGAAGCUCCAGAUCGAAGAGAUGGACCAAGAGUUGGAGCACUACCACAAGUCGAACGCUGCGCUCGACUUGAUGAUUGGCGAACUCACGCUGAAGAUGGACGGCAUGCAAAAGGACAUCAACCACCAAUCUCUCGAGAUCAAAACGAUGCGGCAAUUCAUUCGGCAGUUCCAAAGCGACCUCCACGACAGCGCACAGCUCCUCGAGAAGAAGAAGGCGCUCAAGGCGUCCGUGAUCGCGUUGUACAAAAAGUACGAAACAGGCAAGAUUGUGACAGAAGUCGCAAGCGACGUCGACGCGCAGCAGGAGUACAAUCGCCAGCGCGAAUAUUUGGAGAAGGAAGUGGAAAGCAUGAAGAGUAAACUCGUCAAGGGACUCAAAAUCAACCACAGCGAGAUGAUGCGCCUCAAGCGAGAAAACGCGAUUCUGACGGUGCAGGUCAACGACUUGCGCAGAGAGUUCCAUGCAGUCAAGGCUAGUCAGAGCGAAGUGAACGACUUAAAGAACAAACACCGCGACAGACGGGCUGUGGACGAGCGCGAGAUGGAGCUUCGUCGAGAGAGCGAGUUGCAAAAGGCUCAAAUUCAACAGCUCAAGCAACAACACGCAAACAUGGUCAAGGCCCUUGGUGGGGCGGGUACUCCAGCACCUUCACGACGAGCGUCCAGCACUGCCGCCAAAUCAAAGUUGCCGCCCAUGAUGGGCUCUCACAUUGACGCGUAGUUCUUCGUUGCGUGAAGCUAGUAAUGUCAGGUUGACCCCUCAGCCACCGCCGCCUCAUCUCCCUGUUGGAAAGUUUGAUCGCAUUCCAUCUUAUCCGGAUAGCAUAG